AUGGAUCUAAAACAGGUAUUGCACAUGAAUGGUGGCAACGGAGAAGAAGGUUAUGCAAACAAUUCCUUACUUCAGAAAAAGGUUAUUUCUAUGACAAAAUCUCUGAGAGACGAAGCUAUAACCAACGUGUACCGCAACACAAAGCCAAAAAGUUUAGGAAUUGCAGAUUUGGGUUGUUCUUAUGGCCCAAACACUUUUUUGGUGAUCGCAGAAGCUAUAAAAGCUGUGGAAAAGUUUUGUCAAGAACAGAAGCAAAAAUCUCCAGAAUAUAAAGUAUUCUUGAAUGAUCUACCAGGGAACGAUUUCAACAAUGUGUUUUUGUCUUACGACGCGUUCAAGAAAAAUCUUAUUAGUGAAGUGAAAACUCAAAUGAGUCCUUUAUAUUUCUUUGGAGCACCUGGUUCCUUUUAUGAUAAGCUUUUUCCUAAUAAAAGUUUGCAUUUUAUUCAUUCUUCAUAUAGCCUUCAGUUUCUAUCUAAGGUUCCUGAGGGUAUAGACAACAACAAAGGCCACAUUUACUGGGCUAAGACAAGUCCUCCAAAUGUUUUGAAAGCUUACCUUGAACAAUAUAAAGCAGAUUUGUCUUUCUUUCUCAAGUGCCGUGCUGAAGAAUUAGUUGAAGGGGGUCGUUUGGUUGUAACUUUAAUCGGUGAGGAUCCAGUUAACAAGGAUCGUGGUUACAUUUGGGAAAUCAUGUCUAUGGGUCUUAAUGAUAUGGUCAAACAGGGAAUCAUAAAAGAAGAAAAGGUCAACACUUUCAACAUCCCUCUCUAUUAUCCAUCUCUAGCUGAAGUGAAGAAGGAAAUUGACACACAAGGAUCAUUUGACAUCAAUUAUUUGGAGACUUCUCAAGUGAAUUUAGCUGAACUUGAUAAUUGGGAUGAUUUGGAUUUUACCUCUAAAAAGCCCGAAUCACUCAAAGAUGGUGGAUACAAUAUGGAAAACAGUUUUAGAGCUGUGGCUGAACCUAUGCUAACUGGCCAUUUUGGUGAAAGUGUUACUAAAGAAGCUUUUAACCGCUUCCUGAAACAUAUGGCUGAUCAGAUGCCCAAAGAUAAAAGACCUAAGCUCACCAAUAUUACCAUGUCAUUAAUUAGAAAGGCUUUUUAA